UGUGUGUGUGUGUGUGUGUGUGUGUGUGUGUCUGUGUGUGUGUGUGUGUGUGUGUGUGUGUGUGUGUGUGUGUGUGUGUGUGUGUGUGUGUGUGUGUGCGUAUAAAUAAUAUAUUUAGUAAAAAGAAAGUUAUGCGUCAAAAAUACUCAAUUAGUUCAGUUUAUAAUUAUCAGGAGUUUAUUAGAGAUUCUGAUUCUAUUUGGGGUAAAUUUUCUGCUACAAAACUUUGUUUUAGUAAACUAUGAAUAUUUCUGUUUACAGUAAAAGUUUCUAAAUGUUUUUUCUAUUGAAUGUGAAGGCUCUGCGGGGUGUUGUAUUGUUAAACGUAGCACACGCGAAACAGAGAGAAGUGGUGGGUGGAUGUGAAACACACACCAAAGUGGAAAAACCCUGUUGGCCAUCACUCAUGCCUUCAUUAUUUCUAGUAAAUCAGCUGUUUGUCUUUCCCCAUUUGUCCUUCUUUCUGUGCUCCUCGGUGUAAACAACCGCUGAUCUACAAGCCUGUUGUGAUGAUAAACAGCUGAUCUCCGUCGGCAUGGAUCUACUCUGGGUCCUGCUUUGGUCUGUUGUCUCUGAUGUGGCCUUUUCUUCUUCUCUGGGCCCCUGCGGUGUUCAACAGAGCCACAGCUCACAGAGCGCGUCUUCUUUGCUGAAAUCCUUACGAUGCUACAACGACUACAAGUCCCACGUGGAGUGUGACUGGGAGAAGCAGGAAAACUCAGCAGCUCUGCAGGUCUGGAUCCAGACAGAAUCCACCAGAGGGAUGUGUGCUCCCACCGAUGCUUCACAUUCAGUUGGAGAUGGGAGAGCCCGCUGCAGAUAUGACACCCAACUGUUCGCUGUUGCCAUCAGUCAUACGGUCUUCUUCCUGGACAAUGAGACGAAGAGCCUCUGCUCUUUCAAUCAGAACAAGUUCCAGGAUCUGGUUCUUCACCUGAGAGCUCGCCCACCUGUGAAUCUGUCCCGGUCUGAGGAAGGUGACGGAGGCUGGACGCUGCAGUGGUCCAGCCCGUAUCCCCCCUCCUCCCUCGUGAACCUGACAUACCAGCUGAGCUACAGGAUGCAGACCCAGAACAUCUGGACUACUGAGACCGUCACAAGCACCAGCGUGAAACUGGAAAGGCAAACGUUGCUUCCUGGCCACUUGUACGAAGCCAGGGUGAGAACCUGGGCCGGUUUGAGUCAGUGGAGCAAAUGGAGUCCUGUGGUGACUUGGCUGACUAGAGAAGACUUGGUUCGGGCUCCCUCUCUGGACUGUGUGCUGGACGGGCUAAAUCUAGUGACAUGCAGCUGGGAGGUGAGCCCAGAGCUGGAUCACCUCAUCACCUACCAGCUGACCUGUCGACAAAAUCACACGGCACGGCGUGAGAGAUGCUGCAGGAACCUGACUGUGAGUGCUGAGCCCGGUGGGACAGCUGUUAGCUACAGCUGCUCGAUGACUGUCGCAGACCCACGACAUCUGCAGCUAAACCUCCAGCCAGCACGCAAUGCCAAGAUCUUUAAAGCCCACCAAAACAUUCAGCCCAACCCGCCGCAGCAGGUGACGGUGAAAGAGGAAGACAGCAACUGGACGGUGGAGUGGACUGAACCGGAUAAACCAAACGAACCAGUGAAGUUGUGCUAUCAGGUCGUGUAUUACAGGAUGGAUGAUCAGAGCUCUUUAACCUGGCUGAACAUUUCAGCCAUCACCAGGUCUGUCACCGUCCUGGGAUCGUCCCUCGUGCCUCUCCAGGACUAUCAGGUCAAAGUGAGGUCACUAGUUGACCCAAAAAGCAACUCCUACAAAGGAAUCCCUUCAAAAUGGACGGAGCCAGUGAACUUCAGCCCAAGUGAAGCUACCUCGUUGCUCUUUCAUAUCACCUACUUCUUCAUUGGCGUGGUUGUGGCUGCAGUGUUCCUGACUGUAUACUGCUUGGUUCCAUCCUGUCAGAGGAAACUGAUGUUGUGGGUGGAAUCAGUUCCUUCUCCGAGGAAAAGCAAGAGCCUGUCUGAGAUCAAGGUGAGGCUGACUGACAUGUUUGGAAUGGUUCGUGACUUUAGAGUCUUUCAUUUAACGAUGCACUUCAUUUUUUCAUCAUGCGUUGUUCUGAUCCAGUCUGUCCCCUCCUCGACCCUGAUGCAGAACGAGAAGACGUCCAUUUGCAAAGUGUGGCGCCUGGACAGCUUAUCCACAUGCAGCUCAGAGGUUUUACUGUGGGAAUCUCAGGUCACCCAAACAAAAUGUGUGGGUCCCAAUUCCCGAUCCUGGGGCUGUGGAAACCUGACGCCCCUGGUGGGGAAGGUUAACUGUUCUGACACACUGUCGAUGAGCUUCAUCUGUCAGGCGUCAGAUUCUGGGUCCAUGCUCAGGAACGCCCAACAAGAGGAAAAAGACUACGAACCUCCAACAGAGGAAGUCCCUCUGUCUCCCUUUCUGGGCUCGUCUCUUUAUGGUAAAGAUUACGUUUGCCUCCCAAGCCGUGUCAUGUCCAGGUCCACACAGGAGCUCACAGCCCACAGCAAGUGUGGGGGUGCUGAGCAGAGCCAACGCCGCCCAGAAACCAAACCGAGGUCCGUUGGAUUGGAUGACCCAUGCACCCCGAGGGAUCCCGCUACCGGGAGUCAUCCGUCAGCUCACACAUCAGGAUCCUUCUGCUCCUGGCCUCAAGCGGGCGCCAGUCAGACGUCAGAUUACUGCCACCUCCCUGCAGCUAAAUGACCAGAGGCUCAGGAACGACUCAGAACUGAAUAAACUUUAUUUCAAGCUGCUUUAAGCUCAUCAAGCAAAGCUUCUAAAGACUGUGGGUCAGUGUCUGAUUGGCUGCUGGUGCCCCAUUACAGCGCUGGCACAAACACACAAGAGACACAAAUUCAUCCUUCUUCUCCCUGAAUCUGAGGGACAUAUCAGAUGGUUCGUGGCCGUGCACAUCCCAACAUCCAUUGGGUUACGUACAUACAAUGAUUGUUUUUGCCUGUAAAAGUCCUGAAUCAACCAAUGUUGAGUCGAGGUUCUUUGGGUAGGUAUCCAGUAAACCUGCCCUGAUGUCUGAAAUCAUGAUAGCUACCAUGUAGGUCUGGAGUUUAAGACAGUCCAAGUUAAACAAGAUCUCGUUACAUUCGGAGCACUUAAAACAAACGUGGAGCAUCAGAGGACCAAUUCAUUGUUUUCUCACUGAAGACUUGUAGUGAAACCUGUUGUAAACUUGCCAGUUCCCACUCUGUUGUUUCGUUUAUUUCAUUCAAUCAAUCAAAUAAAAGUUACAUUAAAACAAUUCAUGUUCACAAAUAAUCAUAAAUGAAAAGGAGCAGAAAGAAACAAAAUCUUACAAUAUCUGCCCCCUUUUCACAUCAACAUUAGCUGUUCAGCUCAAAGAAUUUCGUUCAUCUAACCCCCACCCCCACCCAAAACAAGUCAGUCAGCCUACUUAAGGUCUCAUUACUUCAUCACCAUUUAGACUGUUUUAUUUCGCUGUUGAGUCUAUUUCAUAAACAGACACCUUUAACUGAGAUACAUCUUUCCAUUUUCGGAGUCUUGGUUUUUUUUAAAAAUAUCAGUUCCUUUUAGAUUGUGUGCCGGCUUGUUCACAUACAUGAGAGACACGAGCGUUCCUUUUACUGAUGUUUAAUGCGGUCUUGCAUCUUCUUAACCUUUACACCACAUGAACACCGUAGAACUAAUGAAAAAGCAUAAAUCAUGUACAAAUUAACAAGUUAGCUGCCUUAAGUUUGCUAACAUGCAGAGUUUAUAAAUAAAGAAUAAACAUACCACUUUGGCCUGCUAGAAGACAAACCGGUAGACUUGAAAACACUUUACCUUCUUCUCAAAUGUUCUAAUUGGCACAAAUUGUCCGUGCAAUAAAAUCUCCGAAGCUUCGAGAGACAGGAAGUGACGUCACAGCACUCUUAAACACACCUUAUUAAAAUAAACCAAUUCAAAAUUACUCAAAUAUCAAAAAUUAUUGAUUCUGUGCACCUGUAAAUGCUACGAAAUGUAUUGAAAACAUGGAAAAUAAUACUUUAAAUAAACAUGUUGACUAAACUUUCUAGGGCAUUAACAAAAUCACAGUGCCAUCUUGUGGUGAAACUUUGAACAAAAAAGUUGCUUAAACUGCAUUUACAGAUUGUAAUUACUUUCUCUUUUUCCAAAUUUCUUUUGCAUAUUUAUUAGUAGACUUUCUUUUUUGUGUUUUUGUACAUAAGUUUUAAUAAAUUAUAUUCUACUCGUUUGUCAAAUUUCA